UCUAAAUAGUCGCACUGCUUGUUUAUCGAACCCAGAAAACCGUAAGAGAUUUGUGAUUUUGUUCAAUUGAUGGCCCGUGACAGUUUCGAUGGUUAUACGUCAUCAUUUGUCCAAGUACCGCAAUGAAUACAUUGCAUCGUUUGCAGCAACACUGUCGUUGUUUAUGGUGAACACUACCAACGCGUGGUCUUCACCGGCACUGGUUAAAUUUCGGUCCGACGAUGCACCUUUUCCGAUAACGGAAGAUGAAGGAUCCUGGGUUGUAGCUAUACAGGCCAUAGGAUCAUUCUUUGGACCCAUCAUCACUGGCCUGACAGUGGACAGAAUAGGUCGGAAACUUUCUCUCUUGGGAACUGUUCUGCCAAACAUCGCUGGGUGGAUACUUAUUGGAGUAGGAGACCGCGUCGCUUACUUGUAUGCUGCACGGUUUUUGUUUGGAGUAUCUUACGGAACGGCCUAUGCAGUGGCGCCUAUCUAUAUUGGAGAGAUAGCGUCAGACAGUAUCAGAGGGUCUGCUGCGACAUUGAUUACGGUGCUUGCCAAGCUGGGAUAUCUAGUGGUCUACUCUGUGGGUCCAUAUGUAAAGUAUCGGACUCUUGCGUGGCUUGGACUAUUCGGCCCAGGCUUGUUUGUGCUCUGUUUUAUGUGGAUGCCAGAUUCACCGAUUCAUCAGCUAGCGAAGAAUAACGACCAAGCGGCCGAGAAAAGUUUGUCCUGGUUUCGACGCUCUUCUACAGUUAAAAAGGAACUUGCGGCGAUGAAAGUUUCCGUGCAACUAUCUCAACAGGAACGUGGCUCAUUUAUGGAAUUAUUGUCUCCAGCCUAUCGUAACAACAUCGGAAUUACUCUAAUCCUAAUAUUCGGUUUGCACAUGACCGGAAUGUUGGUGAUUCUUGGGUAUGCUCAAACAAUUUUCGAAAAAAUUUCAACCGACUUGGCACCGGAGGAAAUGUCGAUUGUUCUUGGUGCCGUCCAGAUGGUGGCAGUGAUAUUUCCUGCAGUUCUCGUUGAUCGUAUGGGUCGCCGACCUUUGCUACUUACCUCCUCUGCUGGAACCACUUUAGGAUUAACCACCUGCACUAUUUACUUUGUCAUUAAUGACUCCGAGGUCGCGUCGGAAGUUGGCUGGGUUGCCUUCACUGCACUGCUCGUAUACAUCGUUUCGUACGGCUUGGGUCUUGCCACAGUUACCUUUUCCGUAAUCAGUGAAAUCUUUCCAAAAAAUAUUCGUGCCCAUGCCACAGCGGGUUUCGUUAUGGUCGGUGCACUAGUUGUGUUCGGUGUGGCGAAACUUUUUCAAUUUACGCUGGAUGAAGUGGGUCCCUAUCUACCGUUUGCAAUAUUCAGCUGCGGCGGUGCCAUCACCUGCGUGCUCGUCUACUUUUUCAUUCCGGAAACCAAAGGACGCUCGCUGGAUGAAGUACAGCGUCUCAUUGCGAAAAAAGCAUGAAAUUCAGCUCAAAUCAAAUAAAUUAUUAUU